CCGCGUGUGGUGCGUGCGCUGAGCGGCGUGAGCGAGCGUGCGCUGCGUGUUGUGCGGCGUGGUGGUGUUGUUGAGCUGUGCGGCGACGCGGCGGGGCGCGCCGAGCAGCACAAGGAGGAUGCGGUGUCGGACAGUGUGGGGGUGUGGCCGAGUGGGGGCUGUGGCGCUGCUCCUGGUGCUGGCCGUGGCCGUCCAGGCCCAGGAGGACCUGAGCGGCGCCGACGCGCAGCGGGAAGGCAUCACCCGUUGCUAUGACGAGACCACUGGACAGCCUCAGCGGUGCAUCCCGCCCUUCGAGAACGCGGCCUACCAGCUGCAGGUGGACUCCACCAACACUUGCGGCCACAACCGCGUGUUCUGCCGCCAGGCCGGCCCGUCCGGCAGCUCGGCGCGCUCGUGCGAGGAGUGCCGCGACGGCCAGUUCGGCCCGGAGUUCCUCACCGACCUGCACCACGAGGACAACGCCACCUGGUGGCAGUCCGACACCAUGUUCCACGGCCAGAACCAGGUCAACCUCACCCUCAACCUGGGCAAGGCUUUCGACGUGACGUACAUCCGCCUGGUGUUCCACUCGCCGAGGCCGCAGAGCUUCGCCAUCUACAAGAGGACGUCGGAGAACGGCUCCUGGAUCCCCUACCAGUUCUACAGCGCCACGUGCCGAGACUCCUUCGGGCAGCCGGAGAGCAUCCACACGCCGCGCGGCGAGGAGACGCGCGCCCUGUGCACGUCCGAGUACUCCGACAUCUCGCCGCUCACCGGCGGCAACAUCGCCUUCUCCACCCUGGAGGGCCGCCCCUCCGCCUACUUCUUCGACACGUCCGCCGAGCUGCAGGAGUGGGUGACGGCCACGGACAUCCGCAUCACGCUGGACCGCAUGAACACGUUCGGCGACGAGGUGUUCGGCGACGAGCACGUGCUGCAGUCCUACUUCUACGCCAUCUCGGACCUGGCGGUGGGCGCGCGCUGCAAGUGCAACGGCCACGCCUCGGAGUGCCGCGGGGCGUCCAGCACCAGCAACCGGCGCGAGUGCAAGUGCCAGCACAACACGGACGGCCCGGACUGCCAGCGCUGCCUGCCCUUCUACAACGACCUGCCCUGGCGCCGCGCCACCGCCCUGGACGCCCACGAGUGCAAAGCCUGCAACUGCAACGGGUUCGCCAACCGGUGCUUCUUCGACAAGGACCUGUACGAGCAGACGGGCCACGGCGGCCACUGCCUGGACUGCAUGGGGAACCGCUCCGGGCCCAACUGCGAGCGCUGCCGGGACAACUUCUUCGAGCGCGAGGACGGCGUGUGCGUCAACUGCUACUGCGACGAGAAAGGUUCCCGCAGCCUGCAGUGCAACGCCAAGGGCCAGUGCCAGUGCAAGCCCGGCGUGACGGGGGAGAAGUGCGACCGCUGCGAGGCCAACCACUUCGACUUCGGCCCCCUGGGCUGCACGCCCUGCAACUGCAACGAGGCAGGCAGCGCCGACAACAGCCCCAACUGCGACCCCUACACUGGGGCCUGCUACUGCAAGGAGCACGUGGAGGGCAAGCGCUGCGGAGUGUGCAAGCCCGGAUACUUCAACUUGGACCCUGAAAAUGAGUUCGGAUGCACUCCGUGCUUCUGCUACCGACAUUCUUCUGACUGCCAAUCUGCGCCUGGCUACUCUAAGGUCACAAUGGAGAGUGUUUUUGCUCGAGGCAAUGAAAAGUGGACUGCUGAGGAUACACGUGGGACACCAAUUCCCUCAGAAUACAAUAGCAUAACUCAGACGAUUGGUGUGAAAGCUCCUUCAGACCAACCCGUUUAUUUCAUUGCUCCUGAUAAAUUUUUGGGUGAUCAGAGAUCUAGUUACAACCAGGACCUCAGCUUCCGUUUGCGGAUUGGCGAAACUGGAGCUAGUCCCUCCGUUAUGGACGUUGUUCUGGAAGGAGCUGGCUUCACAAUAUCUCAAGCCAUAUUCGGACAAGGCAAUAAACUUCCCACUGUAAAGGAUCAAGAGUUCACCUUCCGCCUUCAUGAACAUCAAGACUACGGCUGGCAGCCUCGCUUGGCUGCUCUCAAUUUGAUAGCCCUACUGUCCAAUUUGACAGCCAUAAAAAUUAGGGGCACUUACACACCUGUAGGAGUUCCAGAAGGAGUUGGUUUCUUAGAUGAUGUCAGGCUGUCCGGUGCAAGGCGGGGUGCUGCAGGUCAGCCGGCCCUCUGGAUAGAAAUGUGCAAAUGCCCGGAGGGAUAUGUCGGCCAGUUUUGUGAGUCGUGUGCCCCAGGCUAUCGGCAUGAACCGACUCAUGGAGGACCAGAUGCGCGGUGUGUACCAUGCAACUGUCAUGGUCAUGCUGAUAUUUGUGAUGCUGAUACUGGUCGUUGCAUUUGCCAACACAAUACAGCUGGUGACAACUGUGAUCGUUGUGCCAAGGGCUUUUAUGGAAAUGCUCUAGAGCAGACAGCAAAUGACUGCAAGCCUUGCCCUUGCCCUAAUGGUGGAGCGUGUAUGCAGCUUCCUGACGAAACAGUUGUGUGUCUGGAGUGCCCCAGGGGGUAUGCAGGGCCCAAAUGUGAUCUUUGCAGCGAUGGAUAUUAUGGAGAUCCCACUGGACGCUUUGGCCCAGUGAAGAUUUGCCAACCAUGUGACUGCAAUGAAAAUGUGGACCCUAAUGCUGUCGGCAAUUGCAACCGUACCUCAGGAGAAUGUCUAAAAUGUAUUUACAAUACAGGAGGAUUUGAAUGUGACCAGUGUCUUCCAGGAUUUUAUGGAGAUCCGCUGUCUUUAACUAAGGGUGACUGCAAACCAUGCCAAUGCUAUCGUUAUGGUACAAAUGAAACUGAAUCUGGACCUUUAAUCUGUGAUCAGUUCACUGGUCAGUGUCAGUGUAAACCACAUGUGACAGGGACCAACUGUGAUACCUGUGAGCUUGGCUUUUUCAACAUCCGCAGUAGUGAGGGAUGCCAAGCUUGCAAUUGUGAUCCGAUUGGAUCACUAAACCACACAUGUGAUAUCAGAACUGGACAGUGUCUCUGUCGCGAAGGCAUUACUGGACUACACUGUGAUCAGUGCUUACCUGACCACUAUGGCUUUUCGACUGAGGGCUGCAAGCCUUGUGAUUGUGAUGGAAUCGGGUCAACCAAUCCGCAGUGCGACCCAUCAGGGCAAUGUCCAUGCCAUGACAAUGUUGAAGGGCGUCGUUGUGACAGGUGUAAAGAAAACAAAUAUGACCGCCAGAAUGGGUGUCGUAACUGUCCUGAUUGCUACAACCUUGUCGAAGAUGCUGUAAAGGCCCACCGUGAUAAAUUGAAUGACCUGCAACGCAUUCUCAAGGAUAUUGCUAAUAGCCCUACCACAACUGACGAUGCUGACUUUGAGAGUCGGUUGGCUGAAGUUCAGCGAGUAGUUAAUAAAUUGCAUGAUGAUGCCAAAAGUGGUGCAGGAAAAGAAGAUAAGAGUUUGCUCCAAAAGAUUGAAGAUUUACGUUCUCAGUUAGAAUCUGUGGGCACAUUAACCAACCAAGUAAGAAAAUGGACAAAGCAGGCUGAAAUUGCCACUGAGCUGGGUGAAAAGAAUGUCACAAUGGCAGAAAGAACUAUUGAACGAGUGCAGUCUAAACUGAAGAACACCAUGGAGUAUCUAGAAACUGAAGGGCAAGCUGCUUACCAAAAGGCACUUGACAGAUCUAAUGAAUUUGGCCAACGCAGUAACCAAAUGUCGGCCAUUGCUCGGGAGGCUCGAUUGAAAGCUGAAGAGCAAGAAAAGGAAGUUGAGAAGAUUAAAAAGAUUGCUGAGGAAGCAAAGAAUGUUUCAUCCAAAGCACUCACCCUAGCUGAUUCUGCUCUUAAGCAACAGCAAAAUACCAGUCAAGAGCUACGCAGACUGGGCGGAGAUAUUGUGCAACUAGGACAGAAGCUAGAAGGAGUCAAAGCUCUCUCUCAAGCCACAAGCUCUCGGGUGAAUGCCACACAUGAAGAUGCCCUGGGUGUUUUCAGUGACAUAUUUGCCCUCAUUCUCCCUGACAUUAAUGUUCCUAAACUUAAAGAGGAUGCUGAUAUUGCGAGGAGGGAGGCGGAGAGGAUGAAGGGAGAGGCUGAAAGUCUGGUGAAUACUCAUACAGAUCUAUUGAAGGAUCUCAAUAAACAGAUGCAACAGUCUGAAGAUCUUCUUCUGGCGGGAGACCAGCAAAGGCAGAAGGCAACAGAUUUAUUGGCACAAGUGGAUGCGGCUCACAUCAGAGCUUCGAAAGCUGUAGCCUCAGGAGAUAAGAUUUUGAAGGAAGCUCAAGAUACCUAUGCUACUCUUCAGAAGUUUGAAGACCAGGUUCAGGAAAGCAGAGCGCAAGCACCUGAUGCUCUCCGCCAGAGGCCCAAAAUUGAACAGAUGAUCCAGGAGGCCAUUGAAAAAACACAUGACGCUCACCAAGCCUUGGCGGGUGCUAAGACCAAUUCUCAGAUUGCUCGUGACACAGCGCAGAAAGCCCAGAAGGGCUAUGCUGAGCAGGCUAGUAAGGAAGCAGAUGAGAUCAGGAAGGGAGCUGGAGAAACCAAGGAGAAAGCAGGGAAGUUGCGGGACGAGGCUGACCUCCUGGCUGAGCGAGUUGUUACUACUGGCAUCAGGGUUUCAGAACUAGAAGAUCAGGCUACUCGAGAUGAAGAUUUAACUUCAAGUGCCAAGAAAAAUGUGGGCCAAGCCAAGAGCGAUGUGUCAGAUGCAUCUAAACAAGUUCAGAAAGCUCUAGAGGAAGUUGAUGCUAUCAUCAAAGAACUCAACGAAUUUUCAGAUAAUUAUGAUGACACUCAAGAUUUGAACAAUCUGGAAGCUCGCUUGAAUGCAGCUAAAGAGGAGUUUAGGCGUGCUGAACUUGAUAAACAAAUUGAGGAUUUAACAUCAGCAAAGCAGACACAGAUGCAAUGGAUGAAGAGUUAUCAGGAUGACCUUGAUCGUUUGACUGCUGAAGUUAAUAAUAUAGAAGACAUUCGAGACGCCCUGCCUGCUGGGUGCUUCAGGCAAUUGGCACUUGAGCCAGAGCCAUGAGGAAUCAUUGCCCAAGACUGUUUUAAAACAUUUAAAAUGUGCUGCAGUAGUGUGAAUUCACAUUGAUGUGGUCAUUUUUUCCCCUCAGAGGAAAAGAAGUCAUUAAGAAACAGGGUCAGUCAGACUGGAAAUUAAUUUUUGGGGGGUAUAUUUAUUUGACUUUGGGUAUGUUGAUCCAUUUAUUGCAUAAUGCUUGGACCCUGUUCGAGGCAAGGACGAAUUUUCUUUGACUUUUAAGAAAGCCUAGAUGCUGAUCACUGUAGUUUAAAGCAUCAUAAUGGUCAAAGUCAAUUCUGGGGCACCAAACAAACAUUCUGCCCAAAUUGUUUUCCAUGUUCUCUAGUACAAAAGUUCUAAGUUUAGACCAUUCUGGCAUAAUACUAUGAAGCCCCUUGAAUGAAUUGAUUAAGGUAGAAAUACUUCACCAACCAUCAAAAUUGAAAAUGUUAAGUAGUAUGAAUUCAUUCAAUACUUAAGAGUAACUAGAUGUGCCAUUUGUGUUAAAUAUGUCAGUGAUUUAGGAGUGAAGAAUAAGUAAGACUGUACGGGGCAUUAGUGUCUUUUAUGUCCAAACCUCUGACAUCUUUCAGAAAACUGGUAUCAACAUUUGAUAGCAUAGAAUAGUAAAGUUGAAUUCUUUUUAAAUAUCUUGUGUUUUUUUAUCCUUUUUUUUUUGUUUAAUUUAAUAAUUAACAGCGUAAGGUUUGCCACUGUUGUAGAUAUCAGUAACAUUAUGUAGAAUUGUGUAGAAAUUUAAGAGGUAAGGUUGUUUUAACUGAUUGUUGAAUACCAAAGAUGAUAUUUAAUGAGGAAUUGUGCUAAGUGUCAUGCCUUAGAAAUCUCAUUUCACUGCCAAAAUGUUUAAGAAUGAUGUGUGACUUGCCAUGAAAACCAACAAACAGCUUCAGUUUUGAAUGUGAAAUCAGGAAAAUGUUACAAUAAACUGGAUUACAUCUUUAA